CGGAAAGAUAUACGAUCGGAGUCGUCGGUGGCUGGUUUUUCCCGCCGGAUUUUCGCGAACGAACUGGCGCCAGCAGCUGUCCGCUAGGCAAGUCGUCCAGCAACGGCGACGCGACGGUCGGUCGGUCGGAUGUGUCGCUAGGGUGUAUAUACGUCACACACGUGCAGGACCGAGAUCCGUCGUCUCUCCAGUGUGUGCGUACGUACAAGCGUGCGUGCGUGUGUCGUGCGUGCGUGCGUGCUCUUAAUCCGGUGUCUCGAAAAAAACGUAAGUAAAGUAUUAAUCGAGACCGCGUGCAGAUCGGUAGCCUGAGUGCGCGUGAGCGACGGUGAACGCGGAGGCGAGAAGAGGACCGUAGCCGAGAAGGAAGAGGAGAUAAAGAUGAGCAAGACGUGCGCCCGAUGCGAGAAGACGGUCUAUCCGAUCGAGGAGCUCAAGUGCCUCGACAAGAUAUGGCACAAGCAAUGUUUCAAGUGUCAGGGUUGCGGUAUGACCCUGAACAUGCGGACGUACAAGGGUUUCAACAAACAGCCAUAUUGCGAGGCGUAA